AUGGGGAACGUGCAGUCGGAGCCUGCCGCUGGCGGGGGCUCCCGAAAAGAGCAGGCCUCGGACCGUGCCUGCGAUUCCCGCCGGAUAUCCCUGGUGGAGCCCGAGGUGACCCCCUCUUCCCCGGCCAUGCGCCUGGCUCGUGGGCUGGGCGUUUGGUUCCCCAGCAGCUCCGCACCCCCGGGACUCCUGAUGCCCCCGGAGCCCCAGGCCUCACCCAUGCCCCUGCCCCUGACCUUAGACCUGCCCACGCCGGUGACGCCCCCUGCAGAGGAGGCGGCUGCAGCGGCGGUGUCCACGUCACCCCCGCCCCCGGUGGGCACCUUGCUGCCCGCGCCGUCUAAGUGGCGAAAACCCAUGGGCACCCCAGUGCCCCGUAUCCGCGGCCUGCUGGAGGCGAGCCAUCGCGGCCAGGGCGACCCUCCCAGCCUUCGCCCGCUGCCGCUGCGGCCCCGACAACUAACCGAAGAGGAACCUGCUCCCUCUCCGAGUACCUCAUCUCGACCUUCACCUCCCGUGGAACCGCGGAAGCCCCCGCCGCCGCCGCCGCCCCCGCCCCCGGAUCGCAGAACUACGCCCGCGCCCGCCGCGCCCGCCGCGCCCGCCGCGACCCCUCCAGAAAGCCAGGCCGGCAGCGAGAGCCGCAUGGGCGGUGGGGCCCGCAGGGCGGCGCCUUCCGAAGCAGGCGGGGGCGAAAUGGCGCGGCCUACGUCCUCCGAGUCCGGCUUGAACCUGCUCUGUAAAGUCACCUUCAAGUCCGCACCCCCUCUGUCCCCCGCGGCUGCCUCGGGUGCCUUAGGGGCCAAAGCCUCGCUUGGGGGCGGCGGAGGGGGAGGACUCUUCCCCGCCACCUCGGGCACCAUCUCUUAUGCUGAGGUCUUGAAGCAGGGAGCCUUAGCUCCUGAGAGCCCUCGGCCCUCCGGAGAGACCCCUCGAGGGUCUCAGGAAGUCGAGGGCGGUGAUGGAGACGGCGAGGGGUGCUCCGGGCUGCCUUCACCACCGGCGCCCCACGCCCGGGCCCUACCGCCGCCCCCUUACACCACCUUCCAAGGCUCCAAACCCAAAUUCGACUGGGUGAGCCCCCUGGAUGGCUCCGAACGCCACUUCCGCUUCAACGGGGCCGGCGGGGGUGUCGGGCAGCCCCGACGGCGCGCAGCUGCGCUCUCCGGGCCCUGGGGCUCCCCGCCGCAGUCGCCGCGGGGCCAGGCGCAGCUACCUCCCGGGCCCCGGAGGCCCGCGCCCGCGGUGCUGGCGCCGCCCAUGUUCAUCUUCCCCGCGCCCACCAACGACGAGCCGGGGCGUCCGGCGCCUCCGGGCCCGCAGGAGUUGUUGCCACCACCGCCACCCGUGCCUCCACGUAUGCCGCCACCGACACCGCCGCCCACGCCGCAGCCGCCGCCACGCCAGCCAACACCGCUGUCCGUGGCGCUCCUUUCCGCCCCGGACCCCGGCCAUGUGGAGUCCGCCUCGGCUCUCACCCAGGACCCCGCUGCGGCCCUCGCCUUGACCACCGACCCGGCCCCGGACCCAGCCCCGGCUCCAGCUCCAGGCCCGGCCCCGGACCCAGCUCCCACCGCCGCCGAGCCCCCGCCGCCGGCGCCCGUCAAGGGCCGCACUCGGCGGAGUAAGGGCCCCCGAGCGGCCCGAGCUGCAACCCGAGACGAUGGCACGCCCCAAGACGGUCCACGGAAACGCUCAUCUGUCAUCGCGGCUGACGGCAGAGCGGGUGGUCACGGCGCCCCUCCAGCAGGGAUGGCCAAUUCCAGCGCCAUGCGCCACUGGCCACCCUUCGAGGUGCUUAAUUCCUGUCCCUGCAAGUGUUACUGUCGUCAUCAGCCACGCCAUCGCCGCCUGCCCCGAAACGUGUCUGCCUGGCUGAGCACGCCCACCAACCACCUGAGUGAGCCACCCUGGGUGGCCACCAUCAAGCUGGCUGGCUCCCUGGUAGCAGGGCUGGACCACUACGACCUGCAGGCCACCCAUCCCAACUGA